AGCAGUCAGCACUCAGCUGUGUAGAUCUUGGAUUCAUGUCUUGAAACAAAAACAUUACAAUAAAUAAUAUUAAUGAUAAUUAAUUGAUAAACUGCUUCCGUUUUAAUGAACAGUUAGCCUAUUACAAUAAAAUGUUUCAUUUAUCGUUAGUGAAACAAUUUACACGGCUAGCGAUUGCUGCACCCAAAAUUCCAUCAACUGCUAAAAACAUUAGCACUGCAUCAGCCUUACAAUUUAAAAUUUCUAAUCAAUUAUGGGCUGAGCCUAUGAAGAAGAAGAAAAAAAUGGAUCCAGCUAUAAUAAAAGCUAGAGAGGAGAGGAGAAGGAAAAAAUUAGAGAAACAAAUUCGAAGAUUGGAAAAAAAUGCAAAACAACUGAAGCCAAUUGAUGAAUGUGAACCACCUCUUCAUGUUCUUGAUAACAUAGGAAAACGAAGACGCCCUGUAGUUAAAUUAUCAAUAGAACAAAUUGAAGAUCGGGCUUUGCUAAAUAAGGAUUGGUGCAGAUAUAAAAGACAGGAGUACAUGGCUAAUGUGGCACAAGUUGAUAGAAUAAUGAGGGCCCAGAAAAGAGCACUAGAUCAGCUUUAUGAAGUCUCUGAAGAGUUGUAUAAUGAAGCAAUAAUGCCUGAUCUGCAAUUAAUUCCAUACACAAUCGAUGGAACAUAUGCCACACCACCAAUUAAGAAGUAUGAUUCACCUGAUGGAGAAUAUGUAGAUGUUUCAAAGAAAUGGGGCAAUUAAAGUGUUUUUAAUAUAGAACUGUAUUUUGUAGGUAAUAAAUUUUAAACAAUU